CAUCACCGCCAAGUACCACUUUAGCCUUCGUUACUAUCGCCUGAACACACAAACUACUGAGAUCGUAUAGGGUCAAAUCUGGUAUUUCCCUUGUCCGGCGGCUUUCAACCUCCGGUUACGCAAUCGCCUGAAGAUUACAAGUUACAACCCAACAGUAAAAUAUUGGCGGCAGAUUUUACGACAAACGAACAGCUUUUUACCGUCCCCUUCCUUUCGACUGCAGAUUGAAGGAUGGCGAUUGUGAAUUCAAUAAUUUGGUAGGCGGCGAUGGGAAGAAAGAUUGUGAAUUUGUGAUUGCAGAGAAGAGAUGGCCACACAGACGAAGCAAACCGUGGCCAAGGUAUAGCUGGGCGGCGGCAGCAAUCAAGAUGGUUCAAGGAUUAAGAAGAUCGAGAGCUCUAGCAGAUAAUUGGCUGAUUCGAAGAACAAUUCCGUUUCAACUUCUGUGAAAUCAACAAUGUCGAGUACAUCGAAAGCUGCCACGACUACCAAAACUCUCAGAGUGAAGAAAGCCUUCUCCUUGGCUGGCCAGAAAUAUGACCCCCCUGAAGAGAGAGAGCCUGUUAGGAUAUUCUACGAGUCGUUGUCUGAACAAAUUCCGUCUAGUGAAAUGGCAGAAUUUUGGAUGAUGGAACAUGGACUGCUGUCCCCUGAGAGAUCUAAGAAGGCAUACGAGAAGAAACAGAGAAAGCAAAAGAUGCAACGCAUGGGCACUCCCAUUAAAUCUCCCAAAACGCCAAGCAAACCCGAGAUUUCUUCUCACAGGCAGCAACAAGCAUCAUCAAACAAAGGUGAUAUAAAAUCCAAGAAAAGACUAGUCGAUGAUAGUGAUGGUGACGAUAAUCUCGUAUUAAGUGCCAAAAGGAAGAAAGGGUAAGCACGAAAACAUCAUGAUUCUGGAUAGCCGCUUAGUUUAGACUGGAACAGGGAAAGCAUUCAAUCUUCAAGUGUUGUUGGUUGUGAAGUACUUUGGAACCUCAUAGAUCAAGACAAUUUUUAUCUUUUUAUUUCUUUUUACUCUAGAACAGAAAUUAUAUAAGCACCCUUAAAUUUCUUAAUUCUUGUUCUUGUUCUGCUUUGCUCUUGACAGAGACAAUAAUGGGUACUUUUCAUGUCCUGCCAUUUAAGCUUGUUGGUAAAUCGCAGCUGGUUGUGCCAUCCUAACAAGCAUUGUUGUCUCACCUUUGUUGUUUGCCAUUUCAGUUUUUGAUGACUUGAAUGGAGCAGUUGUUCGUUGCUUGCCUUUAUUCUC